UCAAAACUAAAAGUAUUGUUAUUUUGGCGUUAAUUACACAAUUAUAAUUAAAAAGGGACUGAUUUUGAUUAUGGUUUUGAUUGCGAAUUAAUUAUCAUAUUAAUCAAGAAAAUGCAUUCGUACAAAUAUGUAUGUACUUGUGUUAACAGACAUGGAAAUAAAUAUUUUAAAUCAACUCCUAGUGAAAUAAAAGAGUAAUUAAGAAGAACUUGCAAUGGAAUCUAAAAUAAACGGAGGCGCAAGUAUGUCAUCUGAAAAUAAUUUGCAUGAAGCUUGCAAUAAUCAAGAUUGUGAAACAAUUAUAAAACAAGAAUACAAUGAAGAUAUACAAAUAAAAUGCGAAACAAUUGAAAUUGAAACUGCUGAUAAUUACGAAAAUGUACAAAUUAAAGAAGAAUACAUAUCACCUAAUGAAAACGAACAACAUACUAAUUAUGAAGUACUUACAUCUAAAGAAAAUAUGAAUAUGCUUAGUUUUUCUAUGGAAAAUAUUAAAAACGAUGUAACAAUAACCAAUGUAUAUGAUGAUAAUAUUGAAAUUAAACAUGAAAAUGAUAUACAGGAUGUCAUGAAUGACGAUGAUGGCAGUAUGGACAGUAAACAGGCAGAAGCAUUACAUAAUGUUGAGGCUUGUCUACAGGAUGAAAUUAAAAUUAAAUUAGAGAAUGAAUCACAUGAGGAUAAUGAAAACAAUGAAUUAGAUCAUUUGGAGAUAAAGAAUGAAUUUGAUUCAAUAGUUACUGAAACUAAUUUAUUAAUAAAUCCACAAGAUGGUAUCACAAAUACACAAACAACAAACACCUUAUUUAUGGAAAUAUUGCCUAUGAAUAUAUACCAAGGCGUGCCACUUGGUAAAGUUUGUAAUUCAGAAGAAAUAUUGUCCACAUCCUAUGACAAUGCAAUGGACUACACUGAUUCUUUUCAAUUAAAUUCAAUAACGGGCAAUAUGAUGUCAUUAGAACAAGAAGCUUAUGGACUUUUAGAAGCCAAAAGAACGGAUAAGGUUUUCUCAUGUUCCAAAUGUCCGAAAACUUUCAAAAAUUAUGCAUAUUUUUCGAAAAUACACGAAAAAUAUCACAGAAAUAUAGAGAAACGUGAAUUAUUGAAAGCAAAGAGGUUAAAAAUGAAAAAGGCGAAGAUAGUGGAUGAGGAAAAAGUGGUAAAUAAAGUAGUACCCAUACCCAAUGACAAUGGCUAUGAAUGCACUUGUGGUAAAAUUUUCCAACGCAGGACACGAUUGGAGUCUUGUCUACGUACACACAAAACAGAGAAGGAACUUGAUUAUUUGCUCUGUGGCACAUGCUUUAAACAGUUCAAAGAUAAGGAAGAAUUGCUUUUGCACAGAAAACGAAUGCAUAGAAAGAUUAUGUUCCCGUGCAAAUUUUGUCCCACAGAUUACAAAAAUCGGAAGGAAUUAUUUAAACACUUACAAAUACAUCAGAAAGUUCAAGUAAUGGAAUACAAGGUAUUAUCGGAAAUAGUAAAAGGAAAACAGAAGUUAAAAUGUUUUAUGUGCGCCAAAACUUGUACAGAACUGUCAGAAUUAAAGUCUCACGUUAUGUACGACCAUAAGGAACCCUAUGUGUGUCCGCAUUGCAAUGGCACAUUUUCAAAAAUAAUAGAUUUUGGUAAUCAUACAAAAACUGACCAUCCCGAAGUAGAAGGCCAGUCUGUGUUGGAUGUUUUAGAAGCAUUUUCUAAAUUAAUUAAAGCUUGGAAGUGUGAAGAUUGUGAUGUACAAUUUCACGAGGCGGAUAAACUGGCGUUACAUAAGAUAGAAAAACAUAGCGUAGAUUUGAAAGUGGACCCACAAUUCCAAUGUAUAGAUUGCCGAAGGGUUUACAUAACUCUUAAAGGAUUAAUGUCACAUAGACGUAUCCAUCACAUCACAGAUAACAUGGAAGAUUCCGGAAUGCCUGAAAAAGGAGUCCUGUGUAUAGAAUGUAGGAAGGUUUGCAGAGAUAUAGAUGCAUUAAGAUCUCAUAGUCGCCUCCAUUCACCAAACAGAAAGUAUCCUUGUAAAUUUUGCGAUUUUAGAUUCGCAUCACCCCAAAAGAGGAAAGCCCAUGCGGAAUUGCAUACAGGUGAUAUGAAAUAUGUUUGUUUCAUUUGUGAAUACAGAUGCAGUUCUGAGAAUCGAUUAAAUCAGCACAAGAAAUCAGCGAAACACCUAACCAUGAAGAAUUUCUUGUCAAGUGGCAAAGCUUUAGGUAUUGAGCAAUCAACAUCUAACACUGAUCCGGAGAAACAGGAAUGGAUGGUGGUGAAAGGUGAUGUAAACGAUGAAGACAGUAAUGAUGAGUCGUCAAAUACAGAAGCUAUGAUUACUUGCGAUAUUUGCGGUCAAACUUUUAAAUCAAUAUAUAAAAUGCUGAAACACAAAAAGACUCAUCCGUUCAUUGAAAUACCAAACGAGGAUAAACCAACAAGGAUAUUUUUCAAAUAGACAUCAAUCAUAACACGAGAUAGAUUCUCAGAAAGCAAAACUUAACUUGGCAAGAUAAGUAAAUUGUUGUUUAUUAUGAAUUCUAAAUGAAAGGAAUAUAAGUCGAUGUGUCUUCAACUUUUUAAGCUGUACUAUAAAAACUUGACAAGUGUUUUUGUUCUUAAUAUAUUUACUCUCCAUUGUCUUUUAGAAAAAAAAAAAGGUUAAGAAUAAGUUAUAAAAAUGUGUGAUAGCACUUAAUUUCUUUUUACGUCUACCCACUUAUAUAGUUUUCAACUGAAUUGUUUUAAAUCUUAUAAGUCAGAUAUAAUUUUGUGAUAAUAUAAAGGGGUAUAUUUUUAAUAGGUUAAUUUUAAAAAGAUUUUCAUAUGUUUUACUGCAAUUUAUUCUGUGAAAAAGAUUGCUAUUGGUCAAAGCAUACCGGAACCCGUCUACUUAGCUUGUCAUUCGUUAUUUAAUAUUUUGAACUUGAAUUUUACAUUUUUAAUUGGCUAAAUCAUGGAAAAAAGUAUUGGGUAUUAAUUAAAAAUUACCUACGGUUUUAUAUCCUUGGCUGUACCAUCACAGAUAGUGAAAAUAUGUUGUCUUAGUUCAUAAGAGUUGUGGUAUUUGUAAAUAAGGUUAUGAAAAUUAUUGAAAAAAAUAUUAUUUACUUAUUUCAUUUUAAUUUAUUUUUUAAUGAGAAAUUUUCGACUACCUACAUUUUCA